AUGACUAGAAGAAAGGUGAAACUAGCCUUCAUCAUUAACAACUCAUCGCGAAAAGCGACAUUAAAGAAAAUGAGGAGGGGCUUCAUGAAGAAGAUGUAUGAGAUCAAUAAGCUUUGCGAAGUUCCAACAUGUGCUAUAAUGUACAGUCCAGAUGAGUCUCAACCUGAUUUCUGGCCUGAUUCUUCAGGAGUGCAACGCCUUAUCGAGCAGUUCAGAAACUUGCCCGAGGGGGAGCAAAAUAAGAAAAUGGUAACCCAUGAGAUGCUUUUGAAGCAGAGGAUAAACAAAGAGCAGGAGAAGCUCAACAAGCUGAAGAAAGAGAACCGGGAGAAACAAAUUCGGAUGCUCAUGAACCAGUGCCUCACUGGGAAGCCCCUGACCGGCUUGGACUUCAAUGAUUUAGAGGAUAUGGGGUCAAUGAUCAACGAGACAUUGAAGGACAUUGUCGUGAAGAUCAAGAGCCGAAAGGAGGAAGAGCUGGUAGAGAUGGAUCAACCCUCAGUUGCACAACCACCGAUGCGUGCAUCAGUAACUGAUGAGAACUUUCAUGACACCAUUUAGAGGGUUCCAAGGUCCAUUGGGGACGUGCUGACCCCACAAUUUGGUGAUGUGGAUGAUCAGGCCCUACCGCUUAAGUGUUAGGACCACCGUGUUAGGUGGUCUAAGAACCCCUUUAAUUUAGCUUGAAUUGUUCAAGUAAUUUUUGUUAUUUUGCUUCAGGGGUGUUUUAAGUUAUUUCUAUUUUGA